GGGGCGGUCGUGCCAUUGGAAUCUCUCUCUCUCUCUCCACUCCAUUUUGUGGGUGGGAAAGUGGAAGAGGGAAAGAAUGUGUAGGGAGGAGAGAGGGUAUGUCAUUGGUGAUUGGCUAAGCUUGUAAUGGAGUACUACCCACAAUGACGACAAUCUCUUGCUUCAUCCCAAACACACGAACUGUGAAGGAAACCCCAUAUAAUUAGAGAGAGAAGGAUGAAAAAUAGCUUGCUUUUGCUACAGAAAUCCUAUGCCAUUCUGCAGGGCUUGUUUUGGCUUGGCUUGGAUUGGAUUGUAGGUCCUUCUUUUCCAUUUUUUUCUGAAAACAAUUUAUUGUGUAAGUUGAAAGAUGGGGGAUCAUUUUGUAUUGAUGGUGGAUCGGUUGCUCACUGAAUCCACCCUUGAAGCUGCUAUCGAGGGCAAAAACCAGUUGCAGCACACUACACCCUCAAGUAGUGAAGAUAUGAUUAAUUUGUCUUCCCGUAAGAUGGAUGGUGAGGUUGGAUUGUUGCCGAAUUUGGUAGAGUGUAGGAUUUGCCACGAAGAGGAUGAAGAGUCAAACAUGGAGACACCCUGUUCAUGCUGUGGCAGCCUGAAGUACGCACACCGCAGAUGUGUCCAAAGGUGGUGUAAUGAGAAGGGCAACACUAUUUGUGAGAUUUGCCACCAGCAAUUCAAGCCAGAUUAUACUGCACCACCCCCUCUGUGUCAUUAUGGUGGCAUUCCAAUGAACUUCAGGGGGAAUUGGGAGAUUUCAAGAAGGGACCUGCGAAAUCCUCAAUUUACAACAAUGGUUUCUACUGAUCACAAUUUUUUGGAUCCUGACUUUGAUGUGUAUUCAGCUCCAACGUCAAGAAGCUUGAUAUGUUGCCGUGUUGUUUCCAUAAUAUUUUUGGUUCUUCUUGUGUUACGCCAUACUCUACCAAUCAUUAUUAGUGGAGCCGGAGAAUACUCUGUUACAUUCUUAACGUUACUGAUGUUGCGAACAAUUGGUAUUCUUUUGCCUAUCUAUGUCAUGGUUAGAGCAUUUACUGCUAUCCAACGUCGCCGACACCAACAGGAACCUCGUAACUUCUCCCUUUCCACGUCAGACGAAGAAAAUGAGCAGCCGCAAUGGCAGCCUCAGCCACAUCUCAUCCGUGUUCAAUAACUGCUGCAACUGCUACUCAGUCGAACGAAAUUAUAGUAUGAUUCUAAGUUCUGAGCAUGCCAGAGGAGAAGGCAGCAAAUCAUUGGCUGCAAAUUAUAAUGUGCAACUUCAGAGGUGAUCAUUUGCUCUAUAAGCUAAAGUGCAACUUUCUACUUCAUGUUGCUGCAUCAUCCUUGGAAUUCUUGCUCCAGUGCAACGCAUCUUUAUUAGUCACGAGAAAUAUAUAGCUGGAGGAGUAGCUUAUUGUAUAUAAUGUUACUGCCUUCAGAAAAUCAGAAUACAAGAGGCGUAGGGAAAAUGGAGAGGCAGUUCAAUACGAGCCAAAUGAAAGGAAGAGAAUAGCCACUAGUAGCAAAGACAAAAUGUGUGAGUGGUUGUAAGGCAAAAACUAACAAGGACUAGCAGCAGUGCAAUCCCUCUUCCUGUUCACUUCUCCCCAUCUCUUCUAAUAUGUGUGUGUUUGGGUUACAAAAUCUAUUCAGUUACCAGCAAAAAAACA